AUGCGAAACGUCACAACCGCCCAGAGUAGUCACGUCGAAUCUACGCCUGUAUUGUUGCAGACAGGCCGAGUUUGGGCAGAGUCUGGAGACCGACGACUACUCGUGCGGAUACUGCUGGACAGCAGCAGUCAGCGCACAUACAUUCGUGCAGACGUGGCAAAGAUACUUAAGUGCUCGGUCGUGGGUAAUGAAGAGCUCUCUCUCGUCACAUUUGGUGGCUCCAAGUCACGAAGACGAAUUUCUGCAGAGCGUGUCAAUGUGCGACUCCGCAGCCAGUUCGGCGCCUCAGCAGUAACUCUGGAAGCCUUAACGAUUCCGGAAAUUUGUUCUGUAACAAGCCCACCGCUCGACCCCAACAUUUUGUACCUGCUCGGCGAACGGAAGUACAACGUGGCCGACAGCUUUCAACGAACCACAUGGCAACCAGAACAAAUAAGUGUCCUCAUCGGGUCCGACGCCUAUUGGCAAGUUACCACAGGGAAAAUCGAUCGCAUCAGCUCGACUAUAACAGCAAUCGACACUACCUUUGGGUGGAUGGUGCAAGGCCCUAUGACGUCCGACUUUCGUUCCCCAACAAGUGCAUUAUUUGUCGCGCUUGAGAAGUCUGACUCGGAGAACAUCGACGUGUCAUCAAUGUGGCGUCUGGAUGCCAUCGUGAUCGACGAAACAUCUUCACGGACCCUAGAGAGCGACCCCCACAUGUCUGCAUUUAAGCAAGGAAUUUCGAAACAAGAUGGCCGUUACCAAGUGCCGCUGAUGGUCAAGCCACCAGGGUUACCAUCCGGAAGCAACAAUCGCCGAUUAGCCGAACGUCGACUGCGAAUGCAGAUCAACCGGUUCCGAGAGCAGUCGUCACUGCUAGAAAAAUACGACCAAGCAAUUUCGGCUUAUUUCAACGAUGGACAUGCGGAGAAGGUACAAGACGAGCAGCCGCUCAAGGACAACGUCUACUACAUGCCCCAUCACGCCGCGGUUCGUCGCGAUGCUGUUACGACGAAGCUUCGUGUCGUAUUUGGUGCGUCAUCGCACGAAGCCGGUCAUGUUUGCCUUAACGACGUACUCUCGAAAGGCGUGAAACUUGGUUCGGACGUCAUCCAGCUUCUACUGAAUUUUCGCUGCCACUCUGUGGUUCUCGCCGCCGACAUAAAGAAGGCAUACCUGCAGCUUCUUAUUCGGCCUCAAGACCGAGACCUUCUGCGGUUUUUGUGGCUGGAAAGGUUGCCAACUAAAGAAGAGCCUAUGCCACCCGUUACGACGUGGAGAAUGACGAGAGUUCCCUUUGGAGCCGCGUCAAGCCCGUUUAUUUUGGCCGCUACGCUUCGACACCACUUAUCGUCAUGUAGGCAGAAUUAUCCAACCACAGUAUCCCUGUUAGAACAGGCUUUCUAUGUGGAUGACCUUCUUGUUGGACUACCCACCGCCCAGGAGGCAUUAAAGGUGUAA